AUCUACACUGUAUAAGACAACCUUUCAAUGACUGUCGAAACUAAAGCUUCUCUUGAAAGAAUAAUAGCUGAUCUUUUUUCAGUGUAUUUGAAGGCUGAUAAAGAUACUAAUAUAUUGAGAAAUGAAAUUAUUCCUGUCGGCUUCCGUGAAGAAAACUCAAAUGACAUAGUGCGCUCUUACUUUGACUUCAUCAAUGCAAACCCUAAUGCUGAAAAAACUACAAUUUUGAAGAAAUACGAAGAUAAACAGUAUACCGAUCCAUAUUCCAUUUUCCAUGAUAUCAAAGUUGCGUCUGCUGCUGCUAUUCAAAAGCUUAGGGUAAGAUCAGCAGAAUAUGACAAUGUUGACUUCUUCUACAAAUUUGCAACAGAACUUUUAUUAAGAGAAAUCACUAAACUUGACUUGACUAUAACAGAUGAACCUAAAGUAAAACUCGAGGAUUCUGAAAUUGCUAUUCAAAUCGCUGAAGGAUUUGAAAAGAUUUCGAGUAGUUACAGUGUAACCAAUGGUGAGGUCCUUGUGUAUAUAAAUGAAAUAGAAGAACCAGUUUCGCAAAACACCCAUUUAUCUUACUCGGCAUCUCAAUCACCAGAAGUUAAAAUCAUCAAGCAACCAUUAUUCACACAUUUAGUCGGUAAAUCAGGUGUUGAUUCUCGUCCAACAGUAAUUCCCGAUCCAUACCAGCUUUCCAAAGUUAUUCCCCUUAAUAAAAAUGUUACAGAUAAUUAUCAGACAUUGAAAUCCUUUUCUGCCCCAAGCCAAAUCCCUCCUCCAACCACUCAACCAAGUCAUAUCACUGACCAAAUUUUCCAUCCAAGUUGGUAUAAUUUUGUUUCUUCCAAGUGGUUACUGUAUAGACAAAAAGUUCUUACACCUGCAGUUGAAUCUCGUUUGAUUAAAUCUUCUAAACAUGGUAUUCAAACUACUUCCGAAACCAGUGGGGUACUUUCAUCUAUUGCUCCAUCUUCAGAUUCUAGAAGCCGAGUUCAUUGCGUGGACUUACUUAAUUCGGUUUGGUUGAAUCAUUUGGGUUUUGAAAAACUUGCAACCAUCAAAAAGCAUUAUAUAGAGGGGGUCCAUAAUGAAAGGGAAGCUCCAAAAGAAAAGGAAGACGGAAAAUCAGAAGAAAAGAAAGAAAACCAUCAUAAUGAUAAAGCUGAAGAUAAGGCUGAUGAAGUAGAAUCCGAUGAUGAUAUUGAUAUGGGUGACGUAUCUGAUUCUAAAAAUAACAAAAUCAAUCUUUUGAAUGUUGUAAAAUUUGAUCCAGAAAGAGUUAAACAACUCGAAGAAAUGAAAAAAAAUGAAGACCAAAUAUCUAAAUCACCAAGAGAAAUUCAAAGACUAAUAUCCACAAACUUGCUCAAAUUGAAUAAGCUUCGUCAGCAAAGAAUUUUGAGUGCAGAAUCAAGUAAGCUGUCAGAGCCUUCUAAGGAAGAAGUAAGAUUGUAUAAAAGGACAGAAAAACUUACAACCUUGCUUUUCGAGCUCAAGAAUUCAGCUUCAAAACCAGUCACAUAUCAAUUGAGUAAGAAAAUCCCUGUUCUAAUGAAUGAUUAUAAUGGUACAUUACCAGGGGGACUUCCUGCCUCUAAGCUUGCACCAAAGGCCAACAGAUUACCAACUCUUUCCAAUCGCCCUACAAGAAGUUCUGCAAGAAGAAGAAGAUAAAAUUGUAUUUUCUGAUUUCUAUAAAUAUAUAUCUUUGUAGUAUAAAUUAAGUUAUUCUAUUAGCUUUAAUAAUAUAAUGAACACAAAAUU